UGCACUGCCCGGCGCCAUGCUUCUGCUGGGCAUCCUGACCCUGGCCCUCUCCGGGAUUCCAGCCGGCGGCUCGGAGCCUGAACAGGAGGUAGUGGUCCCCAUCCGGCUGGACCCCGACAUCAACGGCCGCCACUACUACCGGCGGGGCCCCCAGGACGCCCAGGACCAGGGUGUCAUUUUUCAGAUCACGGCCUUCCAGGAGGACUUUUACCUGCACCUGGCGCCGGAUGCUCAGUUCCUGGCGCCCGCCUUCGCCACGGAGCAGCUGGGAGCACCCUUGCAGGGGCUGCUGGAGAAUUCUCUAGACCUGCGACGUUGUUUCUACUCGGGGGACGUGAAUGCAGAGCCCGACUCAUUCGCCUCUGUGAGUCUGUGCGGGGGGUUGCGCGGGGCCUUCGGCUACCGAGGCGCCGAGUAUGUCAUUAGUCCGAUGCCCAACGCCAGUGCGCUCAGGGCGCAGCGCAACAGCCUGAGCGCGCACCUUCUGCAGCGCAGGGGCUCCCCCGGCGCGUCUCCGGGAGAUCCCACAUCUCGCUGCGGGGUAGCCUCGGGCUGGAACCCGGCCAUCCUGCGGGCCCUGGACCCCUACAAGCCAAGGCGAACCGGCUUAGGGGAUAGCGGCAUCUGGCGCCGCUCCGGGCGCGCCAAGCGCUUCGUGUCUAUUCCACGAUACGUGGAGACGCUGGUGGUGGCCGACGAGUCCAUGGUCAAGUUCCACGGCGCUGACUUGGAGCAUUACUUGCUGACGCUGCUGGCCACAGCUGCGCGACUCUACCGCCACCCCAGCAUCCUCAAUCCCAUCAACAUCGUCGUGGUCAAGGUGCUGCUACUCCGAGACCGUGACACAGGGCCCAAGGUCACGGGCAACGCGGCCUUGACGCUGCGCAAUUUCUGCUCCUGGCAGAAGAAGCUGAACAAAGUGAGCGACAAACACCCUGAGUACUGGGACACCGCCAUCCUGUUCACCAGGCAGGACCUGUGUGGGGCCACAACCUGUGACACUCUGGGCAUGGCGGACGUGGGCACCAUGUGUGAUCCCAAGAGAAGCUGCUCUGUGAUUGAGGAUGAUGGGCUUCCGUCCGCCUUCACCACUGCCCACGAGCUGGGUCAUGUGUUCAACAUGCCCCAUGACAACGUGAAGGUGUGUGAGGAGGUUUUUGGAAAGCUCCGGGCUAAUCACAUGAUGUCCCCUACGCUCAUCCAGAUUGACAGGACCAACCCCUGGUCAGCCUGCAGUGCAGCCAUCAUCACCGACUUCCUGGACAGUGGGCAUGGUGACUGUCUUCUGGACCAGCCCAGCAAGCCCAUUACUUUGCCUGAGGACCUGCCAGGCUCCAGCUACUCCCUGAGCCAGCAGUGUGAGCUGGCCUUUGGGGUGGGCUCCAAGCCCUGCCCCUAUAUGCAGUACUGCACCAAACUCUGGUGUACAGGCAAGGCCAAGGGCCAGAUGGUGUGCCAGACCCGCCACUUCCCCUGGGCUGAUGGCACUAGCUGUGGAGAGGGCAAGUUUUGCCUCAAGGGUACAUGUGUGGAGAGACACGACCUCAAUACAUACAAGGUGGAUGGUUCCUGGGCCAAGUGGGAGCCUUAUAGCACCUGCUCACGCUCCUGUGGCAGUGGUGUGCAGCUGGCCAGGCGGCGCUGUACCAAUCCUGCUCCCACCAAUGGGGGCAAGUACUGUGAAGGCGUGAGGGUGAAAUAUCGAUCCUGCAACCUGGAGCCCUGCCCCAGCUCAGCUUCUGGCAAGAGUUUCCGGGAGGAGCAGUGUGAGGCUUUCAAUGGUUACAAUCACAGCACCAAUCGGCUGACACUUGCUGUGGCCUGGGUACCCAAGUACUCCGGUGUUUCUCCCCAGGACAAGUGUAAGCUCAUCUGCCGAGCCAAUGGCACUGGCUACUUCUAUGUGCUGGCACCCAAGGUGGUGGAUGGUACACCAUGCACACCUGACUCUACCUCAGUCUGCGUCCAAGGCAAGUGCAUCAAGGCAGGCUGCGAUGGGAACCUGGGUUCCAAGAAGAAGUUUGAUAAGUGUGGAGUGUGUGGAGGUGACAACAAGAGCUGUAAGAAGGUGACUGGACUCUUCACUAAACCCAUGCACGGCUACAAUUUCGUGGUGUCCAUCCCCGCCGGAGCCUCCAGCAUUGAUAUCCGACAGCGAGGCUAUAAGGGUCUGAUCGGCGAUGACAACUACCUGGCCCUGAAGAACAGCCAAGGCAAGUACCUGCUCAAUGGGCACUUUGUGGUGUCGGCUGUGGAGCGGGACCUGCUAGUGAAGGGCAGCCUGAUGCGGUACAGUGGCAGCGGCACAGCAGUGGAGAGCCUGCAGGCAUCACGGCCCAUCCUUGAACCCCUCACGGUUGAGGUGCUGUCGGUGGGGAAGAUGACUCCACCCCGUGUACGCUACUCCUUCUACCUGCCCAAGGAUCCACGCGAGGACAAGGCCGCCCUGCCCAAGCCACCCCGGGACCCCCCGCAGCUCCACAACAGCCUGUCCAACCGCGUGGAGCAGCCAGAGGAGCAUAUACCAGCACGCUGGGUGGCCGGCAGCUGGGGUCCCUGUUCCAGCAGCUGUGGCAGUGGCCUGCAGCGGAGGCCAGUGGACUGCCGGGGCCCCCCAGGCCAGCGUGCGGGUUCAGCUUGCAACUCAGCCCACCGGCCGGUGGAUACGCGGGCCUGUGGGGAGCCCUGCCCAGCCUGGGAGCUGGGGGCCUGGUCGCCCUGCUCCAAGAGCUGUGGCCGUGGUUUUAAGCGGCGCCCACUCAAAUGCUUGGGCCCUGGUGGGAGGCUGCUGGCCCGUGACCAAUGCAACCUACGCAGGAAACCUCAGGAGCUGGACUUCUGCCUCCUAAGGCCGUGCUGAGCCACCGUGCUCCUUCCCAGACUCAGUGUCCCUGGCUGCUGCCAGGAGCCUGACGGGUGCAGAGGGCAGAGGGCCAUGGUGCUUCCCUCCUGCAGGGACAUGGACCAGGGUGGGGUGAGAGGCCCCUUCUUCCCAGCCACAUGGGGGGAUGCCGAGGACUCAGGCUCAGUCUACCUCAUGCCCGACUCCUCCAGA